AUGCACUCAGCAUUGGAGACCAUGCCAGAGACUCUAUUAAUGAGGUUGCAAGACUUGCAGAGAGAGGAUCAAGAUAUAUCACUCCCCAAGAAAGUCCAAUUCCUCCAACCCCUAGUCCUCUCCCCUCAAUACCCAGUGACUUCUAUGAACACUCCCUCAUCACACUCUCAUGAAGGGAGUUUGAAAGGAAAGGAUAUGAUUUCAACAACUCCAGGAUCUUCAACCAGAUUGACAGAGAGAGAAGAGAGCUUGAACUUCAGCAGCAGGAAAAUGACAAGAGGGAACUUGCCUAUCAGCAGCAGGAGGCCAAGAAAGAAUAUUACAAUGCCCAGUAUCAGCAGUGAGCAAGAGAAGAGUGGGCAGCAGAGUGAGGGCCUGUGGCCCUCAAGCAUUACAGACUAUAUGGGGAAGCAGAAGGAGACCUAUAUUAUAAAGAGGAAGAAGAUCAGGGUUGCCAACCCUCCACCUCUCAGUCCUAGCACUAGUAACAAUGAGAAGCUCCAAGAAUGGCCUGAGUGGGGCUCCAACAAUGAAGAUGACUCUUGGUCCAUAGACUAUUAG